AGGGCUGGAGCUGUCCACACUCACUCUGCUCUCUACGGGACGUUCACAGCUCACAGGUCAGAGCUGCUGUCCCGUUUCAUUGUUCCAGGAGGUGAACGCAGCCUGAAGGCCUCAGCUGCUCCUCAACCAGAGUCUUCCCCAGGUCACAAUGAGGCGUCUGGUCGGGCUCAUCUGCAUGUUUCUUUUCAACGUCGCUGGACGGGCCGAGAGACCGGAGUGGCUUGUGCCUCAACGCACAGACUGCUCACAGAUCAAGGAUCUCGACCCAGAAGCCCGCAGUGGGGUCUAUUGGAUCCAGACUUCUAUAGUCAAGCCCCCGUUCAAGGUGUUCUGUGAGAUGCAGCCGGACGGCGGCUGGACGGUUCUCCAGAGGCGCAGCGGAGGAGCGCUGUCCUUCGACAGGCCGUGGGGAGCAUAUAAGAUGGGCUUUGGAAAGUACACCGAGGACCACCUGCUGGGUCUGGCGAUGGUUUCCUGUCUGACCGCGACCAAGACCUGGACCCUGAGGGUCGAUCUGUUGGACCACAACGACGUCGCCGCGUUCGCCGAGUACAAGAACUUCUGGUUGGGCGGUGAAGAAACAGCUUUCAAACUGCAUGUGGGGGAGUACAGCGGAGACGCAGGUACUCAAUGCUUUUUAGUGAUGAACACAUUCAUCCCCUUUACUUCUCUUCUGCUGGUUGGACUUUAGUCUUUUUGCCAUGGUCAUUUCAACCGUAUCAUAUAGAGACUUAAAUGUAAACUAUGCAGUUUAGAAAUGUCUAACGUCAUCGAAUGAGUGGAGCAGUCUGUGAGCCCAGAGGAGAGAGGAGCUCAG